AUGCCUACCCUCUUCUUACCGUCACUAACUCAAGCGCAACAGUACCAAGCCGGAUUCGGCAACUCGUUCGCCUCUGAGGCUGUGCCUGGCACCCUUCCACAGGGCCAAAACAGCCCUCGUAACGUCCGCUUUGGCCUGUACGCUGAGCAGAUGACGGCCACGGCCUUCAUUGCCCCGAGACAUUGCAACAAGAAGGCAUGGCUGUACCGUGCCCGUCCGGCUGUUGCCCACCAGGGAUUCGACACAGAAUCCAACUUUCUCCCUCUGAACCCUCGCGUCCAUGUCUCUCCUACCCAGCUUGCCUGGUACCCCUUCGACAUCCCAACCAAUGGCGAAGUAGACUUUGUGUCUGGUCUGAAGACUGUGGCUGGCUCAGGCGAGCCAACCCUUCGUGAGGGUCUGGCCACCCACGUCUAUGUUGCUAACACCAGCAUGACCAAGAAGGCCUUUGUCAACUCUGAUGGUGAGAUGGCUAUCGUCCCUCAACAGGGUGCACUGGAUAUUCAGACCGAAUUUGGUCCCUUGUUCGUCCAGCCUGGAGAGAUUGUCAUUAUCCAACGUGGCAUCCGUUUCCGCGUAGAGCUUCCUGAUGGGCCUUCUCGUGGUUACAUCCUUGAGAUCUGGGGUAGUCAGUUUGAACUCCCCGAGCUGGGACCCCUGGGUGCCAACGGUCUCGCCAAUGCACGGGACUUCCUCUACCCCACGGCAAAGUAUGAGAUCUCCAAGGAGCCUUGGGAGGUUGUGUACAAGCUGGGCGGAAAGUUCUUCAAGAGCACACAAAACCACAGUCCGUUUGACGUGGUUGCCUGGCACGGCAACUAUGUGCCCUACAAGUACGACAUGACCAAGUUCGUCAACGUCGGUUCUAUUUCCGUUGAUCACAUCGAUCCCUCUAUCUUCUGUGUUCUUACAGCCAAGUCCCGGGAUCCCACGGCUCCUUUGGCCGAUCUACUCAUCUUCUCUCCUCGCUGGGAUGUUGCAUCGCACACCUACCGACCUCCAUACUACCACCGCAACGCCGCCUCCGAACUGAUGGGUCUCAUCUACGGCGACUACGGCGGUCGUUCCGACGCCUUCCAGCCUGGAAGUGUCUCCUUCGAAUGUGGAAUGGUCCCUCACGGCGUAGCCUACGAAGAAUUCAAAGCCGCCACGGAAGUCGACCCGCCGGCCAUGCGGAUCUCCGAAGCCUCAAUGGCAUUCAUGUUCGAGUCGAGUCGCCCAUUCACCAUCACAGACUACGCCUGGACAAGCAACAAGCGACACGAGCACGAGCCUAAGAUGUGGGAUAAUCUCGUCGACAACUUCUCCAAGCACGAGAAAGAAGUCGAAGAGUUAUUGGCCAAGAAGGCCCAGGGGAUGAAGAUCUAA